CUUCAGUUUAAAGUCAGCUGUUAGUCCCACCACAAACUUCACACGAGCUCUUGCGGCUGAAGAGCAUCUUUGAGACCACAGGAGCUCAUGAAAGCCGUUGAGAGGACGAUGGCAAUCCUACAGCUCUUCAGAUUCAUUAACUCUUCUCUGCUCCUGAGUCAGCGGCCCCUGAACGCCUCGGCCGAGCAGACGGUCUACAGCAGCUGCGCAGACAUGCCCGCCGUGCUCAUCUUCUACCUGGUGCUGCAGUUCAUCAACAUGUUCCUGGGCAUCCCGGCCAACAUCAUGGUUCUGUGGCUCAUUCAUAAGAACAAGGGCGACUCGUCCAGCUCAGACAUCUUCAUCGUGCACCUGGCUGUGCUGGACGCGUUCUUCUGCCUCAUUCCUCCGCUGGAGCUGGCCAACAUCGUCUACCUGAGCUCCAGCAGCACCUGGUACGUUCUGCGCUUCUUCUACGGCGUCAAAGAUUCGUCUCCGCUCUUUCUGUCCUGCAUCUGUCUGGACAGAUAUAUGGCCGUGCUGCAUCCCAUCACCUUCACCGAGCUCAAGGACAGGCGGCAUCGCUCUGUCUGCGCCGCCGGCGUCUGGUUCCUUACUUUGGUCUACGCUGCAGCCAAGUGUGUGGGAAACAUCCCCAACUUCGACAAGGUGUUCACCGUCAUGAUCCUGGUGGCGUUUGCGUUCAUGCUCUUCUGUAACGUCUCCAUUCUCUGGGCUCUGAGACAGUCGGCUCCAGGACGAGACGAGAGACACCCGGUCAAGAAGAAGGCCUUCAAGAUGGUCCUCAUCAUCUUGGCCAUCAUUGUGUUUAACUACUUCCCGCCAGUGGCUCUCUUUCCCUUUCGAGAGUAUUUCUCUCCGGAUGUCUUCCGCUGUUAUAUCCACUACAUCGCCUUCGGCUUCAUGGACGUCAGCAGCAGCAUCCAGCCGGUUCUGUAUCUGUCGCGGGAGAAGCUGCCCAAAACCCUGCGCUGCUGCUUGAAAAACACUGAACAAAGCGCUGAUCCCGUUUACACCGUCAGUCGGUGAGCGGCGGCUAUCAGAGGAUUUCACUUGAUUAGAACUGACCACUGCAUGCACAUAAUAAUGUAGGUUUGUGCACGUCUAUAAACACUUUUUUAAAGCUGGUGUUAAGAACUAUCUUGUCAUUAGCUUGGGCUAGAUUGUGUGUAUUUUAAUUGAUCCAUUUUUGGGUUUUCUUGGUUUACGUUUUUAUGUAUUUGUAUGUUGAUAGUACAGCACUUUGGUCUGCAUGUGCAGUUGUAAAGCACUUUAUAAAUAAAUAAAUGAAUGCUUAUCCUAAAUAAUGUGUAAUGUAACUAUAUUAGACUCAUUCUGACAGGAAUCAGCAGCUGUUUUGUUUAAGCAGAAGCACCACACUGCAAAAAAUGCUUUUCUGACUUACAUGUUUUGUC